AUGAACACACCCAGCAUCUCCUUCACAAGCCUCGGCUUGGUGGUCCUCGACGAGAUCCGCUUCCCCAACCAGGAGCCUUUACUCGAUGUUCUGGGCGGUUCUGGUGCCUAUGCCACGCUCGGUGCUCGAUUAUUCCUCCGCCAUCCGCUGAGCCAUACCUUGGGCUGGAUGAUCCAUACUGGGAAUGACUUUCCAAAGCUCAUGGAGGACCGGUUAAAAAGCUGGGAUGCAACGUUGAUUGUAGAAAGAGAAUCAGACAAGCCAUCGACCAGAGGUUUACUGGAGUAUGAGGAUACUACGUUUGGACCGAAACACUUCACGUACACAACACCCCUCCUCCCAGUCCACGACAGCAACAUAAAGAACACACCCCUCCUAACCUCAAAAGCAUACCACUACCUCGAGACCCCCCAUGACAUCAAAACCCGUGUCUCGAGCCUCCUCGCUCUCAGAAGAGAAGCAGGCGCACUAGACCGCCCUUUCAUAAUCUGGGAACCUGCCCCUUACUCCUGCAAACCCGAGAACCUCCAGCCAUGUCUGGACGCUGCACGCGUCGUCGACGUCCUCUCGCCAAACCACCUAGAGCUCGCCGCGCUCUUUGGCGAAUCACCAGCAACCGCUCAGGACAAGGCCACGAUUGAGUCCUUGGCGCGAAGAAUUCUGGAGAGCGGCAUCGGCCCAGACGGGAAAGGCACCGUGGUCGUCCGGGCAGGCGAGAACGGUAGCGUCGUUGUCGCUCGCGAUAUCCCUCCCACGUGGCUGCCCCCGUUCUAUACGUCCGGACCAGGGUGGACGCAGCAAUCCAAGGUCGUCGAUCCCACCGGUGCCGGUAAUGCAUUUCUCGGGGCGUAUGCCGUUGGCUACCUCCAUACGGGAAAUGUGGUUGAGGCGGCUUGCUACGGGGCCGUGGGAGGGUCAUUUGCGUUGGAGCAGGUAGGGAUGCCGGAGAAGAGCGACGGCGAAGACGGCGAGUUGUGGAAUGGUGCGGCUGUCCUUGGGAGGUUGCGUGAGUAUAGGGAGUCUGUUGGCCUUGCUGCCUUGGUUUGA